CGAAAUUUUGGCCGCAGUUCGAGUCCGGGCAGGUGGGCUGCAGCAUGGAACGAAUUGAAGGACCAACGAACCCUCCGUCCCGUCCCUGUCCCGUCCUUGACCCCGUCCUCCCCGUCGACGAAACCUUGAGUGCAGCUCCUCUCGAUUGAGAGCGAUCCCGCACUUCCAAUACUCUCCCCUCCGGCCCGCCUGCACACAUUCCCACCCGCCAUGUCGACGUGUCAGCAGGUCGCGCGGCCACUCGUCCGCUGUCUCCGGCAAACCGGCCCCGGCGCUGCGACAUGUUCGACCCGGUCCGUCGCCGUUGCCGCCGUUAGGCCCUUCUCCUCGACCCCGAUGCGCAAAGAGGAGGGCGCCACCACCACCACCACCACCUCUCCUGUCGACUCCACCACAACACCACCACCCCUUCCUUCGGCAACCGAGGCUAAGGCGACAGUAGCAGACACAGUAGUCGGAGGUCCAGAGCUUGGGUCGCGAAGGAGAAGGGCCGCCCUGGCCACCACCGGCAACCUCCCCUUCGAGCAGCUGCCGUACCAGUGUUUCCAGGAUGCGCGCAAGAUCCUGCAGCAGGACCGCGCGGCCAAAAUCGCCCAGAUUGUCAAGGAGACGGAGAAGAUCAAGCUGAUCGAGGCGCGGGAUGCCAGCGAGUUCGAGGGCGGCGAGGCCGCCAAGCAGACACGGAUCAAGAGCUUGAGGAAGUAUAUUGAGGAGCUCAAGAUUCUGGCCGACAUCAACGACCCCGAAGUGAAGAGGCGUUUCGAGGAUGGCAGAGGUGACAUGACCAAGCCCGUCUACCGUUUCAUGGCCGAGCGCCGCUGGCGUUCCAUGGACUACAAAAUCAUUGCGCAGCGUAUCUCGCAGUUCCACGUCGUUCCCGACCUUCUGCCCGCCUUCGACCCGACCAUGGACGUCAAGCUUUCCUUCCGUGGCUACCAGGUUUCCCCGGGAGCCAUCCUCGACUCGCGCGUGACCGAGGUUGCACCCACACUUCGCAUGCAAGUCUUCGACAAGGGCGAGCGCCUCCUCACUGUCGUCGUCAUCGACUCGGACGUUCCCGACGUCACGCACGACAACUUCAAGCGUCGCUGCCACUUCCUGGCGGCCAACAUCCCAUGGGACCCGUCGAAGACGGUUCUCUCCCUGCGCAGCGUCGGCGACCGCGUCGAGGGCGACGUCGGCAAGCCCUGGCUUCCCCCCUUCGCGCAAAAGGGUUCGCCCUACCACCGCCUCAACGUCUUCGUGCUUGAGCAAAAGCCCGGUGCCAAGAUCGACGGCGAGGCCCUGAAAAAGCAUUUGGAGAACCGCGAGAAUUUCUCGCUCAAGGGCUUCCGCGAAAAAUUCGACCUCGAGCCUGUCGGCUUCAACCUGUUCCGCUCCGAGUGGGACGAGGGCACGGCCGAGGUCAUGGAGAGGCACGGCAUUCCCGGCGCUGAGGUUGAAUUCAAGCGCCAGAAGUUUGCUUCGCUCAAGCCGCCCCGCAAGGCCAGGGGUUGGGAAGCCAAGAGGCAGAAGCCCAAGUACAAGAGCUUGUGGAAGUACGUCAAGCGCAUUGCGUAAAAAGCGGGCGUCUGGGUUGGGGUGUAGUAGGUGCAUGUGCGAGCGUUGUGGUCAGCAGUAUCGUCCUCUUGUUAAAGCUGUUGUUGUAGAGAGCGGCAGUCGUCACGUUACGACGGUGGCGACGACGACUUGUGGCGUGGCAGUGGGACGGACUUUGCCGGUAGCUGAAGCUGUCCUGUCUUGUACAAUAGUUAUAUCAGACACGAGUAGAUUAAAAGGGCGUGGAAAACGCCUAAUCAAUGUACAAAUACAAGCCAUGAACCUUGAUGCCGGCGGGCAAGUAAAG